AUGGAUCUUCAGACACUUCAGAAACACUUAAAAUCAGCUAUCCAGAAUCAUCAGAUCGUUGUGUCUAAAAUGAGAAACGACCCCCAGAAUGCAGUACUGCAGAAACAUUUGCAUGAUCUUCAAAGUGAAAUUCAAAAUCUUAGUGAAAAACAGAAAUUGGUGGUGGAACAGUUGAGAAAAGAAGUGGAAAAGAAGAAACAAAGCCAGAAUCAGAUUUUGAAUCCAAAUCAACUUAAUGAUGUGGUGUGUCAACAAAAUACUCCAAUUCACACUUCUAGUCAACCUCAAGUGCAAGUACGUUUGGUUCCAUCUACAACUCCAUCUCAAUUCAUGCAGAAGGUCACGUUACCU